AGCCAGGCCCCCCGACGCUUCUCGGAGGGCAUUCUUGGGCGCUCGCAUUGUCAAGUUAUAACUUUGGGGCAAGCAAUGCAGGCCUGUUCCUGGCUUUGUGCUCGUCUCCUGUGCACAGCCUUGCUGCAGCCGGUAAGUGAGCAUACCGUCAUGACUGCAGGGCGCGCGAUGUAAACAACACCGAAUGAAGCCGGCGUCAGGUCAGUCAGGUCAUGGUGAUGGCGGCCGCGUAUCCCAGAAGGCCCGGCUGUGACGUCCGUGUAUGUAUGCGGCAUCUGUGCUGCAACCGCGAGAUGACCGGAGCCCUUCAUCGAAGGCAAGAAGGCCCAGUAGAAACUGAAAACGUUCGUGGAACAAGACUAUGCCAAUUACUAGUUCAAACACGAUUGAACAUCGUUUGAAUACGCCGCGCAGGGACAUCCAGAUGGCGCUACUGAAGCGUAAUCGUAAGGGGCUUUAAAUUAGUUGUAUACGCAUUUAUGUUCGUUAUUUUUGUAGUUUAAAAAUUUGUCUUGAAAUAUGAGCCUGUGCGCUUCUUUUGGACCACUGCAUUUUUGGAGCGAGCCACAGCUAUUAUCAUCAUCAUCAUAAUCUACCGUGCAAGUAACGCGGAGCAUCGCCGCGGCUAUUUUCACGCCGAAGUGCACCGAGCCGGCGAUCGAGCACGCAAUGCGGACAGGUGUAUCUACGGCGGUGUACCGGUCUGCGUAUUACGUACCGUAAGUGUUGCGGUGCUUUGAAUCGACCGUCGUUGUUCCUUCUUGUGCGACCCGCGACCCGACUGACGUGAACCGAGACACACAAAAAAAUAAACGCCAUGGCGAGCAGACUUGCUUUCUUGCCUCGCACGUUGCGCUCUCUGCAGCGAUCGCUCAGCUCCGCUCCCACGGUCGCCGGUGCGGUGCGGUCCUCGUGCCUACUUUCGUCCCCUACGCCGUCGUCGCUGCUUCGCACAAACCCCGUCGCGUGCAUCGUUACGUCUCGGAGGUUCUUGCAAAACGAAACGUCGCCGCCGAAGGCGGCGACGCAGGCCUUCGAAGACGGGGAAUGGACCACCAUCUUCCGCUACCCGCACAUCAGGUUAAUCCAACUGCUGUGUCGAUUCAAGAUCUACCAGUGCGUGGCCACCUUAGUCGUCGCUCCGCCGCUGCUUUUCUCGGAGUACCUGCACUGGAUGCCGUCGUACGCCAACGCGAUGCUCUUGUCGGUCACGAUGUCGGCCACCAUCGUGCUGUUCCUGACGGGCUACCUCUCCGAGCGGGUCGUCGGCAUGAUGUACGUGAACAAGGACUGCACGAAACUGCGCGUCGCCCGCAUGAACUUCUGGGGCCGGCGGCAGGACCACGUCUACGACGUCUCGGACAUCGCCCACCUGUCUGAUACAGGUCAAAUACGGUCGUCGUGGUACAUCCAGCUGCACCGGUACAGCGCGCCCAACGACCCGUUCUUUGUGUCUCUAAAACACGGCGGCAUCGUGGACAAGGAAUUGUUCACCAAAGUGUUCGGCCGUGAGGUGGCGUAGUUAUACUAAUGUGACUUUGGCGUCUGCUUCCACUCGCUGAACCUUUUCCGCCGUCCAUCUCUGGAUUUCCGCUAUGGAGGCACAGUGUCGUCUGAAUAAUGAAGUUAUACCCCAUUCACAGGCGGCACUUUCGAUCGUGAACGGGUCAGACUGAGAUUUAACUUCUGGAUGGCGAUUGGUUCCCUUCUGCAGCUUGCGCAAAGGAGCCAAACGUGAUCGUGAAUAUGAUCCCUACAAGACGUGAUCGUGUUCGAAAGUGCCCGUUUGACACUGGCGCUAAAUGAAACAAACACCAACCGAAUAGGUUUUCGCCUCCUGAGGAGGUGGGGGGGUUCACCGCCAGCACUGCAAUACGUAUCUUUAGAACGCUGUUGUAGUUUUCCGGAAUCACUCUUGAUAAAAAUGUCGGAAGGACUCGAAAACGGCGAAUUAAAUCUAAUACACCGACUCGGCUGGUGUGUCAUUAUUUUAGGUUUUUCAACCAGUGAUUUUGCUGAAAUAUUUACUUUCAAGUCAUUCAUUUGCAGCGCAAGUGCUGACAUUAUGCAUAAAACUGGAAAGUUACAGACCUUGGGUACAGACCACAAAAGGCGUAAGUGGGACACCAGCUAAACAGAGGAUGCCGGGAAGAGCUUAAUGAGCAUAACAGAGUACUGAUAACUAGAAACUUGCUUAGUGAUGUGCAUAUUUCUUUCGAAUCAAAACUGGUUAAUCUUCCUUGCAUUAAUGGUGCAAUGUA